UUGAAUGUUUGCCUCCUUUUUCUACGCUUCUUCCUAGAAGGUGGUCUUUUCUGCUUCUUCCACAAAAGCGGCUACUCUGUCCGAGUAUAAAAGACAGGCGCUGCUCAUGUAGUCACGUAGAGCUCACCACAGCGCGUCCGCACGUGCAGCAGCUCCGUCCACCCACCUAUACAUCGGCAGAAGCAGCAGUAGCUCGAGCUCACGACGACCUUGCCCACCACCAGCGCACAUGGAUAUCAAAGCGGCGAAGUCCUCCCCGGUGGCGCGAGACCCGCCGUCUGCGGCGGCGCACAUGGAUAUCGAAGCGGCAACGUCCUUCCCGGUGGCGCGAGACCCGCCGCCGCGGCCGGCGCCGGAGACGGCGCAGCUGGGGCAGGCCCCGGAGAAGCGCGGGUGGGUGCGCUGGGCGUUCCUGGCGGUCGUGUCGCUGCUCCUCACCGGCGAGUUCGCGUGGGACGCGUACCAGGUGCGGCGCAGCCCGCGGAAGCUCGCCUUCGUGGUCGUCACCUACGACCUCGUCGUGGUGCUCUGCUGCUGCCUCGUGAAGCAGAACCUCCUGCGGCGCGACGACCCGGCGGUGGCGCCCGAGCGGCGGCGGGUCACGGUCGGCGUGUGGGUGGUCUCGGUGGCGCUCGCCGUCAUCGUCGCCGCCCGCGUCGCCUUGGUGAUCGUCGGGUGGCGCUGAAGAUCGGACUGUUGGUGAUCACCGGCGAGGGCAUCGGACUGGCGUUCUGACGAACAGGUUCCCCACCAGAUGUCCCCGGAGCAGAGGGGUCUCUCUGCUGGACCACCGUGUGGAUGAACAUGCCGUUACUAUCGAACAUUAUCGUCGUUUGGACCGCCCGUCUGUUGCUUGUUGUUUUUCUAUAAGGAAAAUGUAUAGAAUAUUCAAUCAACAAAUUCGAAGAUAAAGAGUUGGGUGGUUAUGUGAACCGCACGCGGCCAAAAGGCUGCACAAUAGAAUUUCUGAGGCGCGGUUUAGCCUCACCAAUUGUUUUCA